GUGAAGUCAACACCACUGUCCUUUCAGACAACAUGCUCAGCCUUAUUAAACUGCCCAGAGUCUUCACCAUCAACCAAGUGCCCAAAGUGUUCCAUGAGGACAGCAUCAUCUCAGGCUACCGACACCCUCGCAGCUCAGCCAUUGACUGCAUCCUCAGCCUCUUCCAGCUGACCAAUGAGACGCUCAACAUCUGGACACACUUCCUGCCCACAUGGUACUUCUUAUGGAAGCUGCUGAUGGUGGUCCUGAUGCGGGACGUGUGGCGCGACUCCUUCACCUGGCCCCUCCUGGUGUUCCUGAUGUCGUGCUGUGUGUACCCGCUGGCCUCCAGCUGUGCCCACACCUUUAGCACAAUGUCCACGCGCGCGCGACACAUCUGCUUCUUCUUCGACUACGGAGCUCUGAGUCUCUACAGCCUGGGCUCUGCCAUUACAUAUUCUGCCUACGUGAUUCCUGAUAAGUGGGUGAACAGUUCGUUCCACCAGUACUACAUCCCCAUCGCUAUGGUAAACACUGUCAUCUGUACCGCCUUGGCCUGCUACUCCAGGCUUGGCUUACCAUAUAUUCAAUAUAACCAUGACAUCAUAAAAAGAUACCAAGAGUGUCAGAGCCCAAAGUUAGGCAAAUUUCUCCGCAUUCUUGCUUUCGCAUUACCCUAUCUGUUCGACAACAUUCCUCUCUUCUACAGGAUCUUCCUGUGUGUGGGUGAGGGCUGCACUGACAACGACACCAACGCCCUCCACCACACCCACAUCGCCCUGGCCUUCCUGACCGCAUUCCUCUUCGCCACACACCUACCGGAGCGCCUGGCCCCCGGCAGCUUCGACUACAUAGGUCACAGCCACCAACUGUUCCACGUGUGCGGCAUAAUGGGCACUCAUUUCCAGAUGGAGGCCAUCGAGCAGGACAUGGUGACGCGACGCCCGUGGCUCCUCACACACUCUCCACCCAUCACCUUCGCUAACACACUGGGGGCGGCACUGCUGAGUGUAGGCCUCAGCCUUGGCAUCAUCUUCCUCUUUAGUCUGCCUCUGCUCUGGUCAGCCACCCGGGGAGAACACAUGGAGAAGAACACACAGUCACGUCCAAUAGCCAAGGGCUGCCAGUGGCACUAGCACUAGCCACAUGCUAAUGACAAUGUAUAUGGAUCUAAAAACUGGAUGGCUCAGUUGGUGGAGCAAUGGUGCCUGUAAUGCCAGGAUUGUGGGUUCGAUUCCCGGGGCCACCCACACAUAA